UGGUACAGGCAGCCUCCCGCUGCACAAUGGUUUCCAGGCAGUGAGAGGGUGAUUCAGCAAGCCGCUCUCUGCUCUCUUAAGCCUCCUCGUCGUCUCCGUUUAUUUUUAUGGGGGUGGGUGGUGCUUCUUAUAUGCUUACCCCCCCUUUUUUUUUCUAUUUUCAUUUUUACAAAUUUCCUUUUUCUUCCUCACUCCUCAAUUCCUAGGGGCUUGAGGGAGCUAAAGAUUGGGUCUUCUUGGAAAUCACCUGUCAUUAUUUUUAAACAAUCUCUACACCUCCAAAGACUCUCCUCCUUAUUCCGGUUUGGAAUGUGGCUAAUGAAAACCCAGUAGGGAGGAUUUCUGGGGCAAACAGCCGGACCAGGAUCCUAGUUCUCAGGCACGGAAUGGCUAUUGUGAGAACACCACCAGCAGGAGCAUCACAGAUCUUGGUUAUGGCCACUCAGGCAAGAAGCUGUUGAAAUAAGACCUCUUUCCCAUAGAUGAGAAGCCACACAAGCAGUGGUAUUUAUGAGCCUCCAUUUCUUAUACUACUGCAGUGAACCAACCUUGGAUGUGAAAAUUGCCUUUUGUCAGGUGUGUGUUCCUUACAGGUAAAACAAGGGAUUCGAUAAACACGUGGAUGUGUCAUCUAUUGCCAAACAUUACAACAUGAGCAAAAGCAAGGUAGACAACCAGUUCUACAGUGUGGAAGUGGGAGACUCAACUUUCACAGUUCUUAAGCGCUACCAGAACCUGAAGCCGAUUGGCUCUGGGGCUCAGGGAAUAGUUUGUGCUGCGUACGAUGCUGUCCUUGACAGAAAUGUGGCCAUUAAGAAACUCAGCAGACCCUUCCAGAACCAAACUCAUGCCAAGAGGGCUUACCGGGAGCUGGUCCUCAUGAAGUGUGUGAACCAUAAAAACAUUAUUAGCUUAUUAAAUGUUUUUACACCCCAGAAAACACUGGAGGAGUUCCAAGAUGUUUACUUAGUGAUGGAACUGAUGGAUGCCAACUUGUGUCAGGUGAUUCAGAUGGAGCUGGACCACGAGCGGAUGUCUUACUUGCUGUACCAGAUGCUGUGUGGCAUCAAGCAUCUCCACUCUGCUGGAAUCAUCCACAGGGACUUAAAACCCAGUAACAUUGUAGUCAAGUCUGAUUGCACACUGAAAAUCCUUGACUUCGGAUUGGCCAGGACAGCGGGCACAAGCUUCAUGAUGACUCCGUAUGUGGUGACGCGAUAUUACAGAGCCCCUGAGGUCAUCCUGGGCAUGGGCUACAAGGAGAACGUGGAUAUAUGGUCUGUGGGAUGCAUCAUGGGAGAAAUGGUCCGCCACAAAAUCCUCUUUCCCGGAAGGGACUAUAUUGACCAGUGGAACAAAGUCAUCGAGCAGCUAGGAACUCCAUGUCCAGAAUUCAUGAAGAAAUUGCAGCCCACAGUCAGAAACUACGUGGAGAAUCGGCCCAAGUAUGCAGGCCUCACCUUCCCCAAGCUCUUUCCAGAUUGUCUCUUCCCAGCGGAUUCUGAGCACAAUAAACUUAAAGCCAGCCAAGCCAGGGAUUUGUUGUCUAAGAUGUUAGUGAUUGACCCAGCGAAGAGGAUAUCGGUGGACGAUGCACUGCAGCACCCAUACAUCAACGUUUGGUACGACCCAGCUGAAGUGGAGGCGCCUCCACCUCAGAUAUAUGAUAAGCAGCUGGAUGAAAGGGAGCACACCAUCGAAGAAUGGAAAGAACUUAUCUACAAAGAAGUAAUGAACUCAGAAGAGAAGACUAAGAACGGCGUAGUCAAAGGCCAGCCCUCGCCUUCAGGUGCAGCAGUGAACAGCAGUGAGAGUCUCCCUCCAUCCUCGUCUGUCAACGACAUCUCCUCCAUGUCCACCGACCAGACCCUCGCAUCUGACACCGACAGCAGCCUGGAAGCCUCGGCAGGACCGUUGGGUUGUUGCAGGUGACUAGCCGCCUGCCUGCGAAACCCAGCGUUCUUCAGGAGAUGACGCGAUAGAACACAGCACACGUGCACACACACAGCUUGCUCACACACACACACACACACACACACACACACACACACACACGUACACAUAUGCACAAAUGCACUCACACAAUGUCAAGAAAAAAAUAGCAAGAGAGAGAUCUAACGUAAAAUUAAGUUAACUCUUUCUGCGUGCUUCUCCAAAGUUCUGUAACACAGCUGAGCUGAAAUGUAUACUUAACUUCUAGUUGCGCUCGCUUUGGUCUCCCUCCAGCAGUGUUUACUACACAAGACAAACAAGACACAAUUAGAGAAGCCUUCCCCUAAAGUGUAACUUAAGUGGCUGCAGAACCAGCAACCUGUAACAGCCCUUUAAAUGGCAUGAGGAGGUGGGCACGGGCCCCACCCAGCAUGUGUGUGUCUCUAUCUCGCGUCUACCUGCUCCUUCCAGCCUAGUCAGAUGGAUGUAGAUACAGAUCCGCAUGUGUCUGUAUUCAAACAGCACUUAGAGAUGCUCCUGCCAGUGUCCUCCAGGCUCCACCAAGACAUGCACUGGGAUACCACAUGGUCCAUUUCAUGUGAUCUAUUACUCUGACAUAAAUCCAUCUGUAAUAUAUUGCCAGUAUAUAAGCUGUUUAGUUUGUUAACUGAUUAAGCUGUAUGUCUUAUAAGAGAAUAUGUAAAGGGGGAAUAUGGAGGAGCAACUCUCAGACCCUUGAAGAUGUAGUUUCCGAAUUUGAAUUGAUUAAAUGGCACCUGUAUACCAAUUUGUAGAAAGAACAUAUGUGAUGCUUACAUCCAGUGUGGGGGGAGGGAGGGAGCAAUAGCUUUCAGGCUCUAAGUAGGUUGUCCUUAGAUGGAAGAUGUGAGUCUAAGUCAAGGGCACUGUCUCUGGAAGUCAGUCGGUAGCAGGGACCAGAGGACAUUGCGGCAGUAUAGACUGAAUGGAAGGAAAUCACUGCCCAGGGGCUGGGGGACACCACAUCCACAUUCUAAAUAUUGAACACUAUUGCUUAUUUUUAAAAUUACGUGUCAAAAGAGAAAGUUGCUGGAGAAAGGGGCAGGUGUCAAGGCAGGAUCAUUGUGCACACAUCCAGGGGUAGAAGCCCUUUCCUGAGACACAGUGGAAUGACCUUCAUGGGAUCUCCUUCAGAGAAGAUAACCCUACCUGGACCAUUGUGAGAUUGUGGGGUAUGUUUUCCAUGUGUGAGCUGCUUGCCGGAGUCCUCCCCUGCUGAUACUUCAUUCCAUCUUCUGGAAUAGGAUAAAAUAAUUAAAACAAAAUCCCCAAAGCACAGGGCGAUCUUCAGGAUAGCAUCUACAAGCAUCUUUGUGGACUUUACUGUCCCUCCAGGGGCUUCCCCAGGCCCCUGAAUAUGACUAAUGUUUCAUACUUACUGAUGUAUUUUCAUAGAUGUGUGUAAUCUGAGAAGGGCUGAUAAUCUGACUUUUGUAUCGCAGUAGAUACUCGAGAGCAAUAAUGCUGUGCCAACGUAGCUCCUACUAGCUAGCAUUAGCAGCGACUUUAUCUUAAAGCCAUGAAACAUUUGUGUGUUUAGUGGAAUCAUCUGAAUUUAGCUAAAAUCCCUGAAAGAUCCUAUCUGAGCACCCAGAGAGGCACUGUGAGCCAUCUUAGUUAUAUAUAAGGCAAAGCCUGUGCAGCUUCUGAGCAGUAGCAGGCCAGGCCUGGCUUCCCUUCUUCCUCCCUUGGGUGAAGCAUCCAUCACAGUUAUUUGCACUCUGGCCACUUUGGUGCUCACCCCUGUGGUGGCAUUUCACCUGAAGAAGAAGUGGAACAUGUGAGCAGAUGAAGGGGAUGGGCCUGGCCCAUGGAAAACCCUUGAUUACAGAGCAAAAGGCAAUGCCAGAGCUCUGCAAACUGCCUUAAACCCAACGGCACGGAAGCUCUUCUCUCUCCAAGCAAUAGUCAGCCCCCAUUCCCACCACCACACCCACACACCUCCAAACACAUGCAUGGGCACACACACACAUUCCAUACAGACAACACACAGCUGUGUGGGCGUUCCUGGGAUUGCUUCCCACUGCACAGUUCAUUGCAGGGCGUGGCAUUGAAAAGGGAGAAGUGGGGGCAGGAGCUAGCUAUCUUCAGAUUUUAGGAGUGCAGCUCAUCCUCUGGAUAAAGGUAUAGGAGUCUGUGUUGUUCCUGGGUCUUUUGGUUAAUGUUGUAGAUGAAGUGAUCUUUAUAAACACUGAUUCACUCUCACAAUCUCUCUCCCUUUCCCAUCUACCAUCUUUUUUUAUUAUUAUUAUUUAUUAACUUCCCUAUAUCCUACUCUCUUUUCUCUGUAGUUUGCUUUUAUGUCUGUGAUCUCUGCACUCCCUUACCUUAUAUCACACGAGGUUAAUGCCCAGACGACUGCUUGACAGAAACAUGUUUCAAGGGGAAUUCCUUAAUAAUCAAGAUGGUGACAGACAGGCAGAGCUCUCAACAGAAUGGCAAGUGUGCUUGAACAGUCAGGCUCCUUCUGACAAGUGCUGACCAUUUUUCCUGGGUAGAGGAAAGCAGGCAAAACAGAUCACCUCGUCUUCCCCACUUCAGGCUAGCCUGGGUAAUACUAGCCUGUCUCCUGGUGGAUGGUACUGUACUGCUGGGGACCCUUGGACAGAGAUCGCCCAUGGACAAGAAAGUUUGAAGCAAAUCCCUUGUGUUUUAAAUAGCACUUUCAGGGAGAGAUGAACAUUUAGCUCCUGGACCUCAUAAAGGAUUGGUUUUAGCUAAGCAACUAAGGACAGAUGGAGGAGAAACAACCAAGAGGGUCAAUGUCAAAACAUUCCCAUUGAGACCCCUAUUCUCUCUUUAGGGGAUGGUUAUACUCUGGGAAAGUUUGCAGUAUACAUUAUGCCCUCUAGUGGGCCUUGUUAUAAAAACCCCAGUAUUUAUUUUUCCCAAUGGGAUACAUUGGUCUUCUAGCACAAUUUUUUUGUUGAAACUAAUACUCCAUCCUUCAGAAUCCAAUGUUAGACCCUCAUAGGUCUUUAUCCACAGAUGGACCAGGAUGUAGCCAAGUCUUAGCAGUUGAAGGAAACAUACUCAUUAGAUGGCUCAGCGGUAGCAUGGCUGGCUUCUCUCUGUCAGUUAUCACUAACAGAACAAGUAUCAUAUAAAGAUAACUGAUAACAGCUGACCAUUAGAUGAGAGAGACUUGGUCAUGGAGCAUAGAACAUACUGAAUGCACGAAAACACAGACAACAUUUCGUGAUCUGUUAGGGGAAAGAGUAACCGAUCACAGUUUUGGAGCUCUUAAGUAUUUACCGCAGAGGUCAGGUUAUACAAAAUUUAUUUCUGUUUCAUUUUCUUAGGAAAUAAGAAUGUACAUUUGAAAGAUACUGUGUUCUGUAAAGAAUUUUGUUAAGUGACUUUGCUGGAAAAGAUAACAUUUAUGAUUCAGAGAGAGCAGAGAAGUCUUUGGGGGGAAUUUCAAUCCCAGCUCCUUUGGGUCUGAAGAGAAAUCCCUCCCACUACUCCAGCACUCCUGUCCUCACAGACACAUACACGUGUUAACUGCAAGAAUCUACCAUCUUCUACAUGCAUCCUUAGAAGUGGCACUAACUAAACAAACUAAAAAUGUAUUGUAAAAAACAAAAUUAGUUAUUUUCCUUGCAAUUAAAAUAUAAAUGGUAUCUCCUUGGAAACCUAGAGAGAUCUUCAAUUGUUAGUUUGCUUUGGUCAGUUAAAUCAAAGCGGUAGAAUUUUUUUUUUACAUGUGAACUGUUUAUUUUAUUCUUGAUCAUGUGGGACCAAUGGCCAGUCUAUCCCAGGAGAGACAAAUCUCCCAGCCCUUCUAUGCCACCAAUUGUCCUCCUUGCCAUGUCCUUGCAGGGAUGCCUAUCUUUCAUCUGCCUGUUAUUCUGCAUGACUGGACCCCCCAAAAACAUUACUGAUGAAGAGAAUUGUCCUACGUCAGUGUUUAUGAGAUGUGUCUACAGCACACGCAUACACAUACAUGUUCACAUAUGCCUAUAUAGUUCUCUAUCAACCUGGAAGCCAAAAUCAUGUAUGCCUAAUGCCGGAGGUGAGAUGGGUUGUCACUAGCCUGUUAGAUUUGAUGGGAUCUCAAUGGUGUUUAAUAUGGAUCAAGCUCAUUCAAUCCAUUUCUGUGUUCUUUCUCAUGUUCUUUUCCAUUUUUUCCCUCAUUUUAAAUAUGUCUGUGGAAAAGAGCAUGACUUGGAGAACUUUGAAUUCUUUAGACUUUUCACAGGUGGACAAGUCAACGUAUUGUAAUUUGUAUGUCAUAUGAAUCAUUAAAGCUGAAGGAAAUAUGCUUCCCUUCUCGUAAAACCAAA